AUGAAGAGCAUGCUCUCAACGAUAGAUUAUGUCGUCGAAUGUCGGGACUAUCGAGCGCCCGUGACUUCGAUCAACCCAAUGUUCGAGGAGGCUUUGGGAAAGAUGCGACGACUGGUUGUCUAUACCAAGAGAGAUCUUGGAAGCAUUCCCAAAUCGGUUGAGCAGAAAACAAUUGAACGGAAAUUACAGACGUUUGAUCCUAAUAGCACCGUGUUCUUCACCAGCUCAUCCGCGCGGCAGGAUGUCAGCCAGAUCAUCAAACACCUCCGAACGGAUGCCGAGGCCCCUGAUAAAUUAGUAGGAUGUCGAGUGCUGGUUGUUGGAAUGCCCAAUGUCGGCAAGUCAACACUGAUCAACAACCUGCGCAACUCCGGAACGGGGAAAGCCAAGGCCAUGAAAACCGGACAACAGCCUGGUAUCACACGCAAAAUCGCCACGCAGGUGAAGAUCAUCGAACGCGAGAAUGGGUCACACGUUUAUGUCCUGGACACGCCGGGUGUGUUCAUGCCGUAUGUCCCGGACGCAGAAAAUAUGCUGAAGCUGGCUCUCUGUGGCUGUGUGAAAGACAACGUCAUUUCUCCGGUCACCCUCGCGGAUUACUUGCUGUAUCAUAUCAAUUUGCAAGACCCGGCAAUAUAUAAGCGCUGGUCGGAACCGACCAAUGACGUGGUUCCGCUGAUUGAAAGCUUUGCGCGCCAAACCGGACUGCUUGGGAAAGGCGGAGUCCCGAACGUGGAGGGGGCCGCUCUUCUUUUCAUACAGAAAUGGAGACAAGGAGAGCUGGGUCGCUUUUUGAUUGACGACCUCGAGGAAGAGGAACGACGACGAGCAGAUCCUGCUCAAGCGGCGCGCAUGAGCAUGACGCAGGCUUUGAGGGUGGAAAGGACGACUCGAAAGAACAAGCCCGAUGCUCCUAGCAAUCUGUAA